AUGGCUUCGGGGCCCACGGAUGGAGCUAAAGAGAGGCAGAGAUACAUCGAAGGUAAGGUUUACAGAAGGAGAGUUUUCAGAGGCACCAAAAAAAACCCUAACGUAGGGGACACCGUAGCUUCUGCCACCACAACUGCUAAAGACGACAACGCCCCUACUACUACAGUUACCAAUGAUACUGACGACAACAAGAACGUUAACAACAAUGAAGCCAAGAGUAAUGUUUUGGCUCAGCCACUGGUUCCUCAAUUGGCGGUGUUGGAGGAUGGGGAUUUAGCUCAGCCUGAAGGGAAUUCAAGAUUGGAGGAUGGAAAUACAGCUCAGCCACCGGAGAGUUCAAGAUUAAAGGAUGGAAAUACAGCUCAGCCACCGGAGAGUUCAAGAUUAGAGGAUGGAAAUACAGCUCAGCUACCGGAGAGUUCAAGUUUAGAGGAUGGAAGUUCACCCCAACAGCUAUCGGAGGACCAGAAUUUGGUUGGGCAACGAGUGAUUUCAAGAACAGGGGAUAGUGAUUCACCUCAGCAGCAAUUGGAGGAGCAGAAUUCAGCUCAGCCACAAGCAAGUUUGACAACAGGGGAUGGGAAUUCACCUCAGCGGCAAUUGGAGGAGCAGAAUUCGGCUCAGCCACAAGCAAGUUUGAGAACAGGGGAUUGGAAUUCACCCCAGCAGUUAUUUGAGGAUGGCAAUACAGCUCAGGCACAGGAGAAUUCAAGAUUAGAGGAUGGAAGUUCACCCCAACAGCAAUUGGAGGACCAGAAUUUGGUUGGGCAACAAGUGAGUUCUAGAACAGGGGAUGGGAAUUCACCUCAGCAGCAAUUAAAGGAGCAGAGUUUACAUCAGCCACAGGCAAGUUUGAGAACAGCAGGGGAUGGGAAUUCACCCCAGCAGCAAUUUGAGGACCAUAGUUUGGCUCAGCCACAAGUGAGUUCGAGAACAGGGGAUGGGAAUUCACCCCAGCUGCAAUUUGAGGAUGAGAAUUUAGCUCAGGCACAUGUGAGUUCAAGAGCAGGGGAUAGGAAUUCACCUUGGCCUCAAAGCUCAACACAUAAGGAAGUGAAUUCUCCUCAGCCUCAGGAAAAUUCAAGACCAGAUGAUGGGAACACGUCUCAGCUAGAUGUGAGUUCAAGAUUGGAGGAUGGGAGUUUGCCUCACCCAGAAUUAAUUUCAAAGUUGGAGGACAGGGCUUCUCUGCAGCAAGAUAAUUCAAUAUUGGAAGAUGAGAAUUUGUCUCAGCCACAAGUAAAUUUGAGAUUUGAGGAAGGGAGUUCACCUCAACCACUAGUCAAUUCCUCAUUAGAGGAUCAGAAUCUGGCUCAACCGCCCUCGCCGCCAGUUUCUGACCACUUGCACAGCCAUCAGCAGCCCGAGCCUUCUAACAUCAAUAUUCGGCGGGAGGAUGAUAGAUCUUCGAGCCCCAUACACAGUCACAGGGAGAUUUCUGAUGACUUGCAGAGCCAUCAGCAGGCUGAACCUUCUAACCACAAUGUUCAGCAGGAGGAUGAUGGACCUUCGAGCCCCAUUUAUGGGCAUGGGGCAGUUCCUAGCACUGGGUACCGACAUUCCGAGAAUGUGACUGUGGAGCCGAGUCAAGAGGACCGAUUCAAGAUCAAUCUGGCCUUGAAGUCAAAGCAGGAGAAACAAGAGAUACGCUGGAAGCUUGAAAGUGAGCUUGGUGUAGUGAGAAAUUUGGUCAAGAGGAUUGAAGUGAAACAGGGGCAUGUUGGUGCUUAUGGCAAUUCAAAUGUAGGUGCUUAUGGCAAUUCAAAUGUAGGUGCUUAUGGCAAUUCAAAUGUAGGUGCUUAUGGCAAUUCAAAUGUAGGUGUUUAUGGCAAUUCAAAUGCAGUGUUGGGUGGUGGGAUCUCUAAUGGAGGUGGAGCAAAGCGUGCUCACUCAGAGGUAGCAUCUGCUGGUGUUUCACGACAACCUACCAGACCUUUGCACCAGUUAAGUUUUCCAAUGUUCCAUAAUAGUCAAGGGGUCAGUGAAAAUGUUGAGAAGGAAAAGAGAAUGCCUAAAGCAAACCAGUUUUAUCAUAACUCAGAGUUCCUGCUUGCAAAAGAUAAGUUCCCACCUGCAGAGAGCAACAAGAAGUCAAAAUUGAAUUGGAAGAAGCAAGGUGGUGGAGAAAUGGGUCCCGGGCUUCGAAUGGGAUCCAAGUUUUUCAAGAGCUGUAGUUCACUGCUUGAAAAACUGAUGAAACACAAGCAUGGGUGGGUGUUUAAUUCUCCUGUUGAUGUUGAGGGUCUUGGUUUGCAUGACUAUUUUACCAUCAUCACUCAUCCAAUGGACUUAGGAACUGUGAAGACAAGGCUGAACAAGAAUUGGUACAAAUCACCGAAGGAAUUUGCAGAGGAUGUGAGACUCACUUUUGAUAAUGCUAUGACAUACAAUCCAGAGGGGCAGGAUGUUCAUGUAAUGGCAGAGCAAUUAUCAAAGGUUUUCGAGGACAGGUGGGCUAUAAUAGAGUCAGAUUACAAUCGUGAGAUGAGAUUUGGCAUGGAGUAUGGUGCACCUUCACCUUUGCCUAGAAGGGCUCCUAUGUUUACUCCACCACCUCUAGAUAUGCGACGAAUUUUGGACAGAUCCGAAUCUUUGGCACGAACUCCAAGAUCUAUGAACAAUACUCCAUCAAGUAGAACCCCAGCUCCAAAAAAACCAAAGGCAAAAGAUCCCAAUAAAAGAGACAUGACAUUUGAUGAAAAGCAAAAACUAAGCACAAACCUGCAGGGUUUACCUCCAGAGAAGCUUGAUGCUAUUGUACACAUCAUUAAGAGGAGAAAUUUAGCCUUGAAUCAACAUGAUGAUGAAAUUGAAGUGGACAUUGAUAGCGUGGAUGCUGAGACUCUUUGGGAGCUUGAUAGAUUUGUGACCAACUAUAAGAAAAGUUUGAGCAAAAACAAGAGGAGGGCUGAAGUUGCUCGAGCUAGAGCAGAAGCUUUGCAGAAUUCCAUCCAGAGGAGCCAGCCACCAGCUAUGAUAGAGAUUUCUAGAGAACCACAAGCAGAUGAAAGAAAUGUUCCCCCAUCCUUACCUAUGCAAGGGGGAAGUCAAGCAGAUAAUAGAAGUAGAUCAAGUAGUUCGAGCAGCUCAAGCAGUGAUUCCGGGUCUUCUUCAAGUGAUUCUGAUAGUGACAGUUCCUCAGCCUCGGGAUCUGAUGCAGGGUCACAAGGAACCUGA